CUAUAUAUAGAUUGAAUAAAAAUCAAAACUUUUUUGUGGGUUUGAAAUAAAAAUUAAAGAAGGAUGAAUAAUAGUAGUGGGGUUAGGGUUUCAAUUCCAAAUAAUGUAAAAAAGACGAUCCAAAACAUUAAAGAGAUCACAGGUAAUAAUCAUACUGAUGAUGAUAUUUAUGCAAUGCUUAAAGAAUGUUUCAUGGAUCCAAACGACACCGUUCAGAAGCUCCUUUUGCAAGAUCCAUUUCAUGAAGUAAAGAGGAAACGUGACCGCAAGAAGGAGACCGCUGUUAAAGAAGCUACAGAGCCUAGAUGGAAACCUGGGAUGCAAGGGAGGGGGAAUAGGGGUGGCCGGGGGAAUCACUCAUCUCGCCACAUCUCUCAUGAAAAAGUAGAUGCAGGAAGUAGCAAGACUUCGCUUUCUGCAAAGGGAAAUGAAACUAAUAAAGGUGCAGAUAAUGGUGCAAUCUUGCCAACACCCAAGGAUAAGAAAAAUAUACAGACAUCCAUGGUUGCGAGUUCUUCCAUUGUUGUCUCUGAUAAGCCAGUUGACAUAGUUGCUGAAAAAUCCAGUACUGUGCCUCCCGAGACGAAUAAAAUCUCAGCUACUAGAAAUAUUUCAGCUCCCAAGACAUCAGCACCGGUGCCAAGGGUUGAUUUAUCUGCUUCAGAUCCUAUUCUUAUAUCGUCACAGGAUUCACGACUCCCUAUUGGUACAAUUAGGCGUGAAAUUGGAAGUCAACAGACUCCUGUUGACCAAUCAAAGGAGACUCUUACCGAGACCAAAUCUUCCUCUGGUCUUGAGGUUGGAAGUCCCUUAAUGCAAGGAAAGACACACAGUGAGCAUCAGGGAGACGGGAAUACUUUGCUUUCAGAUUCUUCACGGCUGAUUGCUAGGCCACCAUCUAAUUAUAAUACCAGGCCACAACAAGCUAUUGGGCCUCAAAAAGUUGGUCCUGGUAAAGAAUGGAAACCAAAACCAAUAAGUUCUAUUUCUACUCAAGAACUUGGGGUGCAUGACUCUGCUGAGGAGCCAACAAUUCCCAUUGCCAUUAGUGUUGAAGAUUAUCCUUCAUUAAACAAUGAUACAUCUAAAAAUGAACCAUGCAUUCCAGAUGGUCAGCAUGUUAUCAUCCCAAAUCAUCUUCAUGUUCCUGAAACUGAAAAACUUGGGUUUCGCUUUGGAAGUUUUGAUGCUACUGUUGGUAUUAGUUCAAUAUGCUUGACUGAACCUGUGAGUGACAAGAGUCCAUUGCUUUCUGAUGAUUCUGAGGAGAUCAUUGAGCAUAUUGAGGAACAACCCACCGGGAAUCAAGAUGUGUUGGUAAUUACUGAUGAUGGAGAUUAUGCUGAUCGUCCACCAUCCUCUAAUGUACCCGAAAACUUGUCAACAGAAGGUGACAUGUCAUCUAAUGUUGCCCCUGAACACAUUGAGUCCAAGCCAGACACUUCACUUCCAACAGCAGGCCAUCAAUUUCCACUGGUCCAUCCCAACUUGAGUUUUGGCUUCAUCCCGCCAAUAAUAGGCAGCCAGAUGGCUCCUUUUGAAAGCAAUGAGUCUCAAGUGCGUGAUACUUCUCGUGUCUCAAGCUUUGUUGUUCAACAACCACUUGACCCAGCAGGCUAUUAUCCUCAAUUUAUUCGUUCUGGUGUUGACACUGAUGGGCGUACAUCACCUUUCCAUCCAUCUGUCAAGUACAAUGGAAAUGUUCCAGUUUUAUCUUCGCAGGCUUCUCAAUCUUCUCAAGAGGUUGGGAACUCUAUUGCUGGUCCAACGACACUGGCCAUGCAAGCAGGUGGGGUAAUGCAGAGCUCUAUAGCCGUUACUCAACAACCUUUACCUGUGUUCAGGCAACCAACUGGGUUACAUUUACCACAUUACCCUCCAAAUUAUAUCCCUUAUGGACCAUAUUUUUCUCCAUUUUACAUUCCUCCUCCAGCAAUUCAUCAGUUUUUGGGCAAUGGUUCGUUUCCCCAACAACCUCAGGGUGGCAAUAUGUAUCCAGCUCAACCAGUGGCAACUCAAAAAUAUCCACUUCCGCAAUAUAAGCCUGGAAAUAAUACUGUGAGCUCGGGUCAUAUCGGAGUCCCGGGAACCUAUGGACCUUAUGGCUUGAACCCAUCCGUUUAUAAUCCUAACCCCGCCGCGUCAGCUGGUAAUUCAGCAUCUAAUGAAGACCUUGGUGGGUCACAGUUCAAGGAAAGUAACGUUUAUGUUACUGGACAGCAGACCGAAGGUUUAGGCUUAUGGAUUGCUGCCCCAGGUCGAGACAUUCCUGGUUCUUUUUAUAAUCUUCCUCAAGGUGGUCAAGUUGCAUAUACACAAGCCACUCAUGGACCUUUUGCUAGUAUUUAUCACCCUGCACAACCAGUGACCACUGGACCCAUUCACCCACUUCUCCAUCAGCCCCAGACCAUGGCUGGCGGUGUUGACAUGGUCGGACCCACAUCUAGCCCAUAUCCACAGCAACAGCCUCAGCCCACCCAGAUCAAUUGGCCUAAUAACUACUGAAGUAAUGGGGAACUUUUUAUAAAAACUAGCUAUCAUACCCGACCUGAAUUUUUUUUUCUUUCCCGGGAAGUUACAGUAAGGGUUAGGGACAUGGAAGGAAAAUGAUGACAAAGAUAAAACAGUGGCUGGAAUCGAGUGUAAUAUAGGAGGCAGGAUUAUUUGCCAGUGGUUAUCUUUUCAGAGGAUAAAAAAGAUGAAUUCCUCAAACCUGAUAACGACCAUUUUUAAGUUAGUUAAGCCCAAUUUGUGCAGUCUUCUUCUCUUUGUUGGUGCUACUGGUAUGAUAUUUAAUUAUACCCGUUUUUCCUCUUGAGAGUUGUAAGCCUUUUCGUAUUGGAACCACCAUGAGAGUUAACUAUCUUAAUUCUUGUCUUUUGACUUUUGUUUUUCUUUCGAAAGUUGAGAUUCUUAUAGGACUAUGAUUGGGGCUUUAGAGGGUUUUUCUUUAUGUUGGUGUUACCUGUAAAGUGAAUUUUGAUAGUAAGAGAGGAUGUACUUCAACUGUUGUAAUUGGUAUUUGGUAUAAGAAAAAAAAGCAGCAUUCACAAA